UAUGCCGCUAAGGCGCAUAUUGGUCUGUUUUCUGUCGACUGUUGUUGUUCUCGUCGAAAUAGUGAAAGUAAUCCAAACAAAUAAGUAACUCCUCGAAAAUAUUGCAUAAAGGAUAAGCGCAGACAUGGCGACGGAGGCACCGAGCUCUGUUGAUGUUACGGAGUAUCAGUUCAAAUUGCAUGAUAAGGUGCAGGUGUUCGGGACCGCGGAAGAGUUGAAAAGCAAUGUGAACCUGUUGGCAACGGCCAGUCCCUUCGGAUUGAUAUUUCUGGGCAACCAGUAUAAGCCAGAGCUUAAAGUUAUCCAGCUGCAACAAUUUGUCAACGCCAAGGACACUGGAGAGCAAGUCCUCGCUCGCGUCGUAACGUUGCAGGGCACAUCGCACAGUAUUGCAGUUAGUUGUGAUGGGAAUCUGCUUGCUGUGAAUUAUUCUCAGAAAGGAGUUGCCUUGCUGGCCAUCUACGACGUACAAUCCUUUCUGUCUGCCAAUGCCACGAUUAAACAAACCAUUCGGAUAUCAGCCGACGACAAUGUCCGAGCAAAUCAAAUAUUAUGGAAUCCUGUGAUAGCAUCAACAUUUGCGUUGGUUAUGAGCGACGGCUCUCUCUCCGCGUAUAAUCUGAAGGAAAGCGCCUUUGAAUUCCAUUCAAUUGACAAACAAGAACAGGUCAAAUGUGCAUGUUGGAGCCCUAAGGGGAAGCAAAUCGUUGCUGGAUUCCCAAAAGGAAAGUUGGUGCAGUAUAAACCUGACUUGAAGCCGGCGAGGACUAUCGUGUGCCCUCCAAAUAUACAUGGGGAGCCAUUCAAUACAAUUGCGAUUCAGUGGCUCUCGACGUAUCAGUUUGCUGUGGUGUUCCUACAGGAGGGAGAAGAUAUGUCACCAUCUCUGUACAUUGUCAAUGCUCCCAAAGCUGGUCCGCCAGCAUACAUCAAUUAUUACGACGUUUGCUACAGCGCUUCUGGGCCCCGUGAUGCACAAAUAUUCUUGACGUAUGUUCAACAAUGGAACAUUUUGUUGGUAGCUAGUUCUAAUAGCAUGGAAGUCGGCGUACUAGGCACCACUGAAUCAGGAGAAACACCUACUUGGAAGCAAUAUAUAACGUUGGAUGAAGCCAGAAUUGAAUUACCCCUUACGAGUGAAAAACAGGAAACGUAUCCAGUAGGAUUUGCAUUUGAGACCGGAAGUACACAUCAGCUAGUGAUAGCUGAGAAACCAUUCCCAGUGAUGCCUAUGAUCCACAUACUUUCUACACAUGGGCAGUUGGUUUCGUUCAACUUUCUUAACUUUUCCCAAAAUGCUCCUGGCUUGUGUUCACCGCCACGACCCAUUUCAAACAAUGCUGCAUUAAGCCAGUUCCGACCAAUUAACACAACUGCUGGUGCUGCUACUCAGCUCGCGCCGACGUCUGAUGUCGCAUCACAACAGCCACAGCCCGUUACUUCGGAGGUAUCCUUUGCUCUUCCCAGCGGAGCUACAUCCACUCCUGCACAAGACAGGAAAUCCAAACCAGCAUUCGGCGAUGUUGGAACUACUGGUAAUUUAUUUGGAAAUUUGUCAAAUUCGGGAACUACUCUUCUCUUCGGAAAUGCACAAGCAGCGAAACCUGGUGGAGGAACUGGAAUUGCAUUCGGUGGGCAACGACCAGCAGUAACCACUGCUAGUGUUUCGCAACCAAUAUUUGGAAGCGGUCAAUUACUAGGACAAAAACCUGCUUCUGCACCUCAGUUCGGAGGAUUUGGGAUUGCGACUUUGGGGCAAAGUAUUGGCGCAAAUAUAAAUGAGUCCCAAAAAGCUUUGCCAUUCGGUGUAAAUAAAGAAGCAUCAAAGACGCAAGAUUUUUCUAAAACUACAGCCACUAGAACUCAAGAUGAAACUCAAAACAAGUUAAAUAUCGCUAGUGCAGACAAAAAUAAGCCAUUGUAUACAGUUCCGUCGAACUUCUCUACUGCACAGCAAAAAUCGAGCACAGGCAAAGAGACCACGGGGCAAGGUUCAAUUACUAAUUUAACUGCUUCAGGAGAUGAUGAUGCUCUGAAAGAAUUGACGAAGACUUAUAUUCAACAGUUCGAAGCAGACUUGAAGGAUUUGUCAAAGAGAUCAAAAGAUAUAGAUAUAACUAUUGGUAACAUGGAAGAAUCGAAAGAGGUCGUUAAACAGCUUAAUGAGUUGGAAGAACUCAGCAAUCAAGCCGUGGAAAGCACUGAGUCACUCGCAGCAGAUAUUCAAGGUUUGCGGAACUCACUAAAUGAGUGCUUUGUGAUGAUAGCGGAGACAAAAAGCAAAUUGAACAUGUACCAAAAUCCAGAGUUGCCAGAGCUUGCUACCCUCUCCAACUCAAAUCAGACUAACCGACGUCAACUUAUCAAGUUAAAAAGUCUUUUAGCAACGAAUGAGGCUCAGCUGCAGAUUGUCAACCAACAAAUCGAUGCCCAGUGGUCAAACUAUCAAGAUAUGUAUAAGAAGUCGAAAACUAAAAUGAGAACACCCAGUCUGGAGGGGGUGUAUCAAACACUACUUAAGCAAAAAGAUAUCUUAGCACGGGAGCGUCUCAAAAUAAAUUACAUUAAAUCACGUCUGGGCGUAAAGGGUACAAUUGAUCAGAGUGCAAUGAAGAAAAAUGAUGUUACAAUUGAAUCGUUAGCUGAUUCCAUUCUAUCCAUGAGUCUCAGCGAACAAGUGAAGGCAGAUCGUGCAAAUUUCACUGAAGAUAAGAUGAAAAAUUUACGAAACAUCUUGCAAAACCGUAAAAUUGUUGAGAUCAAACCUCAGAGACCUGAAAGAAUUGGCGUGAAUUCAGAGGUAGUACGGGAAAUGCGGAUAAAAAUGGAGAAAACAAGUAUUCGAGACGGGGCCUCGACUAAACCCGAAAAGAUGGAGAAGCAGCGAAUCCGACAUGAAGCAAUGCAAACUAUUGCCAAACCGACGCCGACAAAACCAACUACCGCUCAAGCCUAUGCUGCCUACAUGCAACAGCAAAAGGCACAAGAAAAACAACAACCGGUACAAAUCAAACCUGUAUCGGCGAGCGGUUCUGUAAUUGGUUUUAAUUCAAAUAUUGUGAAGCCUACAGCGACAACUCCACAUAACAAAGAAUCUGGUUUCACCCCAAUGUCUGCGCCACCAGGCGGUGGAAUAUCUUUUGGGGUACCGGUUGCCCUUCAAAAAACACCAUCAUCGACGCAAGUGUCUCCAUUCGGCGGAAGCGUGAUCACGAAACCUACACCUUCGUUGCCGUUUGGAAGUGGUCAAACUACGAUUACAUCAAAGCCAGCAUUCGGUAAUAGUCAAACGUCGUCUACUUCGCAAUCAGCAUUUGGUACUAGCCAGAUAACCAUUACUCCCCAACCAACCUUUGGUGCAAAAGAUGAAAAAGGACUCGCAAAACCAGUGCCCGCAUUGUCGGCUUUUCUUCAGUCUGAAAAUUCUGCUAAACCUACUACGCCGAGUCUAUCAUUUACCCCUAAACCUUCACAACAAGAUAAGCCUUCUAUAGGUUUUACAGGGUUUACGGCACCGAAUGAAACAAAAACUCCUGCCUUCGUCCCAAAACCGGAAGCAUCUCCUAGCGUCUCUGUAGAGUCAACUUCAUCAAAGCCUCAAACUGUGGAGAUUGAGGAAGUGAAAACUGAUACGAAGGCAGAAGAGAAGACAGAAGAGAAGCCCACUGGUCCAUUUGCCACAGUUAGUCUGGCUCAAUCAGUGGGAUUUGGAACAGGGUUUUCUUUUGGUGCAGCUUCGGGAGGUAAUAUUUUUGGAGGUAAAAGUGGUAUUGCUAAGCCAGUGCCAAGUAUUUUUGGAGCACCUGUACAAUCGGCUUCGUCAACUCAACCAACGUCGACCCCCACUGCACCAACUUUGGUUCCAAAGACUUCCGCGAAUUUUCCUCCGGUCUCAUCUGAACUCAUUCAAUCAACUGCAAGCCCUGUGGCAACAACUUCGGCAAGCCUGCCUUCAUUUUCAUUUGUGAGCAAGCCAGUAGCAGAAACUUCAACUCAACCUACAUCUGGUCCUACGGCAUUCUCUUUUGUUGCCAAAACUGAAACAGCGCCAAGUGCCCCGACGGUCACCACAACCACAACAACAGUUCCAACUUUACCAGCAGAGACUUCGAUUACUCCUUUGACAACUUCGAGUGGGACGGGUUUCAGUUUAAAUUUUGGUACGACGACUGCACCUUCGGCAGCAUCAGCUUUCAGUUUUACGUCACUUGCAAAGAGUAUAUCUGCUUCUUCAACAACAACUGCUGCUACAACACCUGUUUCAACCGCAACCAUCACUGCAGCUGAUUCAACAGAUUCACUUUUCGGUAAUCUGAACAUUUGCAAACCAACAUCUCAAGAGACAACUACAACAGUUAAUGCACCUCAAGCCUAUCCAGGAUCAAUAUUUAGUGCAAGUGCUUUUGCAAAUGCAGCAUCAGCAUCGGACACGAAGCCAUUAUUUGGUACAACAACUGUAAGUUCAACACCUUCGGUGCCGUUGAGUUUCACAGCUGCUGCGCCAGUAACAUCAGCAACUAGCUCAGCACCAGCAGCACCUGUCAAUUUAACAACCACUCCAAGUUCGACUUCAUCGGUGCCGCUUAAUUUAACGACUCCACCUGCUACAACAUCUGCGACAUUUGGCGCAUCGGUUGAUAAACAAACUGUAAAACCUGUAAGUACUGAUACAGCAUCAGUAACUGCCAGCACAGGGGCGCCGACGCCGUUUGGUUCUUCAGCUGCCACUACCUCGGCAUUCACAGCUCCACCCGCAACAGCAACAAACACUUCCGGGUCUGGAUUUGGGUCCACAGCAGCAUCGUCAUUCAGCUUUGCGGCCGCUAGCACUUUCGGAGGCGGCAUUCCGAAACCGGAUCAGUCAGUUUUUGGUGGUGGGAAUGCUACAAGCAAUGCAACUGCACAACCCUUUGGCGGUGGGACGAUUACAAGCAAUACACCUACACAGCCGUUCGGUGGUGCAACCCAAGCAUCACCGUUUGGUGGCUCACCCACCGCUCAGCCAUCUUCAGGCGGAAAUUUAUUUGGAUCUUCCAGUGGGUUCGGGAUACAAUCAAAUACUGGAGGAUCUGUGUUUGGGGGUAGCGCUCCUGCUCAACAAACCAAUGUUUUCGGAGCAGCUUCUAGCAAUACAUCUAUAUUUGGUGGACAAAAAUCCGAGUCGACCAAUGUAUUUGGAACUCCAGCUCAACCAGCACAAAGCACUGUCAGUGGUUUCUUUGGGCAAUCAUCUUUCGGCACAGAAAGUAACCAACCAUCUGGAUCAAUAUUCGGGGGAGGUGCUGCAAGCCCGGUCCAACCGGGCGCCUUCUCCUCAGCUCCAGUUUUCGGACAAUCACCAUUUGGUGGCACACAGCAGCAGCAGCAACAGCAACAACCAAACUCUCCUUUCGGAGGAACUGCUCAAGCAUUUGGUGGAGGUAGUUUUGGCGGUACUUCUGCUUUUGGUCAGUCUCCUGGUUUCGGAGCAUCAUCGCCGGGUGGAUCAUUCGCGCAAGCCGGACAGCCAUCAGUGGCACAAUCGGGUUUCGGAUCUCCAGGAGGUUUCUCACAACCAACAUUCGGAGGACCACCAACUUUCGGUGGAUCGCCAACUUUCGGAACGUCCCCAACAUUCGGUGGUGCACCUGGAUUUGGUGCUCAGAAAACUAUUUUUGGUCAGAGCACUGGAAGCUUCUCGCCACCUACGCAGAAAAAUAAUCUUUUUGAAGCAUUAGGUUCCUCAGAUUCUCCUUUGUCGUUUGGAAAUUUAGCACAAAAUGCGAAUAGUGCUUCGAAUGCUAAACAGCAGUUUGGAGGAUCAUCGUUUUCAACGUGGCGUUAAGUAACAACGUUUGCAAUUUAAUUGCAUAUUUUGAAUCUACUUCUAUAAUUUUAUUUGAUCAUUAUAUAUAGAACUGGAAAAUAAAGUUUUUGAUUAUUUCAA